AUGUCUUCAGUACCGCCUCCCAAACCACGAAGACGCCUUUCCUUCCAUACUAAACGCCUGUCUCGCAAGGACGCUUCCCUAGAAUCGCAGUCUCCAACAAACAAAGGCGUUAAUAUGAGUUCCAGAGGACUUUUUCGUAAAUCCACCUCUGGGAAGGCAUCGUCCUCCACAGAUGCCCCUCAAGACAAUACGUUCUCCAAGAUCCAGGCAUUGGCGCGCGAUCCUGUAUCGCGCUUUAAAGAUAACUUGAAGACUGUCGUGGAAGAAAAGAGCUUAGAACUUGGGAAUAUGGCGAAAGAAACUAGUUUGGCUCUAGGCAAACGUAGCAAGGAGGUUGUAGAACGAUUGAAGAAACGAAACAACGCACAAAACGAACAUUUAACAAACGUCAAUAUCUUUGGCUUGCCACUAAAAACGGCCACCAAGUUGACACGGAUUGAAAAGGACAAAAGGUUUAUUCAUAAAGACCCAUCAAAAUAUUGGUUGCCUGCCAUCAUGGUUAGAUGUCUUGAAUUCUUGGAUACGUAUGGUGUGAGGGAAGUCGGUAUAUAUAGAGUCUGUGCGAGUCAAGUGGCUGUUGAACGAAUACGUGGCGUUUUUAAUUCAGGUGCGGAUUUAAAUUUUCUACAAAGCACGCAUGAGGAUCCGCAUGCGGUGGCAGCAUUGUUGAGACGAUAUUUGAGAGAACUACCGGAACCAAUACUAACAACAACCCUCGCGGGAGAGUUUAACGCUUGUGUACAGCAUUAUGCAAAUUCGGCGUACGCCACUUCAAACUUUAUAGCUCCAUCAUCGACAUUACUUUUUACUUCACCCGUAGUGGUGCCUGACGGAUUACCUCAUGCUUUAGCGUCUAUUGUUUCUCGACUGCCACCAUACCAUUUUUACCUCCUCCGUGCCCUUUCUUCACAUUUGGCUCGUGUCAAUAAUAACAGUGAAAUUAAUAAGAUGAAUAUCUCUAACCUUGGGCUAAUCUUUUGCCCAUCGUUAAGCAUAGGGUCAAUAUUAUUGAAAGCUUUCGUCGAACAUUUAGAUAUUGUAUUUGGGGGUCAGUGUCAGUUGGAAGAACAAGAAUUACUGGAGGAGGAACAAGAAAAUCCGGUCAAGGAAAAGCAAGUAACGGAUAUAUAUCGAACAACAAAUAUCUCAGAAGAGUUCUCGAAGAGUAUAAAAGACUUAUUAACAUUCGAAGAGAAAGCAGUGAAAUCAUCUGGUCACUCUUUGCCUUCUUCUUUCUCGUCGUCAUACUCUUCUACUAAUGUGAAUGAAGAUGGCAUAUAUAGUAAUACUACCCAGAUGACUGCAAACACCAAAGACGCUGUGAAAUAUGGCACGAUCUCUACGGUCAGAACUCGAGAGUCUCUACGAGCUAUUUCAUCAUCGCCGUCUUUAUAUUCGAUGCAAAUGAAGGAAGCAAAUAAUUCCCAACCAAUUAAUGGAACGAAUGCUAGUAAUUCUUUUGGUGGAAAUAAAGUACUCUUUUCCCUCUCUGACGUGACAAAUGAUAAUCAAAAUCACAACGUGAGUACCGCUGCUCUCAUGCCGGAGCCUUCAGAUCACAAUAAUUCUGCCGUUAGUAGUUUCUAUCGAAGACGCACGAGGUCUGCAGGUGUUCGUAAUGUUCCUUUGAAUUUGUGGGAUUAUUCGUCCUCGUCCGCAACGUCCUCAGAUGACGAAGGAAAUGCUGGUGAUAAAUCAGAGGAAGUUGAAGACGCUUCGCCCAAAUUAAUGGCAUUCAAUUACUUUGAUCAAUCAGGGGUUGAAACUCUCGGUGUGCUCAACUUAUCGCCUAGAGCCUCGCAUCAAUGGGCAUUGCAUAACAAUGGAGUAGAUGGUAAAAAGUCAGCAACAACAUCCGUCUUAAAUCGACGUCCAAGCUUAGAAGAGAGAGAGUAUUGGAAAAGAACUAUUCUGACGGCUUCGUCCGAAGAGAUUGCCCAUAAGAAUUUGGAUGGUAAAAGUGAUGAAACGGGGUCAAAGGCUGAGGAACAUGGUUCACAUGGGCCGAAGGAUGCUAUAGAAGUAGCUCCGGGCUUGAAUGGAGAGUUGAAUGUGAUGAAGGGUAAAAGUUUAAAAAGUGUAUCCAAUAUCUUAGGAAUGGGUUAA